CCUCAACUAUCCUUGAUUGAUAUUAAUGUUUCCAUCUCUACUUUUAUGGAGAAAUUAGGUAUUAAAAGAGACAGCAACAACAAUUUGACUUGUUCAUUUAUAGAUUUUAUGUUAAUAUUGAAGAAAUCAUUCUACUGCUGAAAAUUGAUAUUGUACUUUGGUACAAAUGGAACUUGUUACCUUUCCUACUGAAGCAAGAAUAAGAAAAAGAGUUAAAGAACAAGGUAGUUGGUUGAAUCAAGAGGAGACAAAAGAUGCCGCUUUAUGAUUGUAUGUUUUUACUGAAACCGCACAUAAAAAAGGAGGCGCUGAUGGACCUUGUCACAAAGGUUGGGAAGCAUGUUUAUAGAAAAAAUGGCGUGCUUACAGAUUUAAAGUCAUUUGGUACUGUUCAACUCGGUUAUGGCAUUAAAAAACUAGAUGGCAGAUACUAUCAGGGUCAACUGAUGCAAAUGACAGUGAUGACACCACCCAAUUUUAACAAUGAGCUGCAUUACCUGAACAAAGAAGACCGCCUACUUCGAUGGCUUUUGGUAAAGCAUCGCGACAUCAAAUUUGGGUUGGACUUUUUGGGUGAAGAUGAUGAUGCUAAGACUGAACUGAGAAAGUUCAGGAGCAACAUCUAUGAAAGUGAGGAAGAAGAGGAAGAAGAUGAUGAUGAAUAUAGUGUCGAUGAUUCUGAGAGGAAGUCAUUCUAGAAAACUUAUGAGUUUCACUAUAAGCUGAUCAGGUGCAACCAUAACUCAAACUGGAGGAAGAAAAAAAGUCCACAGUAGAGGAGGAGGGUUUAAACCCUAUCAGUAACAUAGUGUCCAUUCCCCUUUCCCCUCCCCUAAUGUAAUAAAAAAAAGUUUUUAUUUUUUUAUUUUUAAAACCUACUAUAAGUUAAUGCAUGGCUGAAAGUAAUAGUAGAUCAGUAGACUUAACAAAAUUUCUCGCAGUCUGUUGGUCUUUACUGUGACCCAAUUUUUGCUGCCAUCACCAAUUAAGUAUGUUUUUUAUUCUUGAUUGUGUAUCCUUUGAUAUUUGAUCUUGGAGUUCUUUUUUUCUCUGUAACAUUAGUCUGUCUUGUAUAUGAUCCUCUCCUCUUAUGGGUUGUGGUAAUCAGAGACAAUUGUUUUUC